AUGCCAAAACAUCCAACACACUCUACAAGACGACAACGCGAAGGUGUUCCAUACAAAUGCUGUCGCAGAGGCAAGUCCAAAAAGAAAAUUUACGUUCAUUCGGCUUCGGAUCAAGAAGAGAUUGAUACGGUCGUUUCUAAAGCUCUCGAACUCGGAGCAACGAUUGAAGAAGAACCAGAGAACGCAAGUCUAAUAGUUUCAAGUUCAAGAAACAACAGUUUCCCUUCAGACAUACCUCUUGUUUUUCCAUCUUAUGUACAUCAAUCUUAUUCAUCGGGAAGCUGGUUGGCAGUGGAAAAGUUUUUAAUCCAAAAAGUUGGUUUUUCCUCCAAUCAAGAAGUUGUCCUUCCAUCAAAGGCUUGUACAAAGAACAAAAAGAAUUUUUCAAGAGAGGAGCUUGUUGAGUUAGUUGGUUAUAUCAAGGAACAUGUGGUAGACUUUACCAAAUGUCCUCCUCUAGCCACGUUUGAGCAAUACUGUCUGGAUACAAAUGCUCCAAGGUCUGCAGACAGUUAUAAACGAAAGUAUCAAAGCUUGUUGAGACGAAACGAGCUGACAAGUUAUUUGAAAACAUCAAAUGAUCCUUCUUUGGAGCAACCUUCUGAUGCACCUAAUGUCAACAACAGCUCAAAUCCAAUGAAUGAUGAUACUGUAAUUACUACCUUACCUGAGGCAGAGAUGACCUCACCUCAACAAGACACUUCUUUCCUUCUUUCCUCUUCUCCCUUUGAAUCUCAAACACUACCGGAAGAAGAUAAUUUCGAAACAAAUAGACAACCACGAGUAUCCUUUCCAAUGGAAGUUGUACAACCCCUCAGUCCUACUCUUAUGGAAAUGAGAAGAUCUCUUACACGAUGUCACGUUUUUGGGUACAUGUGUGAGAUUUUAGAUCUUCCAAUUCCCAUAUCAUCUUCCAAACAAUAA